GAAAUGUUUAGUUCUCAAACUUAUAAUAAACCAUUUGGAUCAGCUCCAUUCCGUUCACAUGAUUGUUUCUUUGAAAAACUCUAUUUCGCAAGCGAUCGUUGUUCCAGCUUCACAGAAACUGGCCCGGUUACUAUAAAUGAUAACUGUUGGCUUCCUUCUGACUUAUUAUCAUCCAACACUAAUGUCGAUAAUAAUCCAUACGGAUUUGUAUUUUUCCAUCCAACCCAUCAAUGUUUAUUAGGCCUACAUCUACCAAACCCACCAUUUUUAAUUGCUGUAUUGGUACACAUUCAAGAAGCACCUUGGGCUUAUCGUGUACCCAGUAGGAUCUUGUUAAAUAUGGGUAAAACUUCACACUUUAUCCGACUACUGUAUUAUCUGAUCGUGAUCGUGAAGUUCUAUUUAACUGCAAAACGGAUGAGGCGAGUUUCCUACAGUUGUUCACGAAUGUAACACCAUUCAUCUAUCCAGAUUUUAUGACAGUAGUAUCUAAACAAAAAUCUAUAAUAAUGCCAGAACUGUUACUUCAUGUUAACGGAUUCUAUGCACAUCUAAAUGUAAUACAAAGCGAAAUGGAGAGUGGUAAUGCAACUGCUACCGAUACUAGUGAGGAAAUAAUUCUUGAGCUUUUGCUUCCUACAUCUUCAUGUGUUGUUCUGACGAAAUUUCUGGACACAAGUCCUAUGGAAUCAAUGACAUUUGCGUUAUCAGCUGACUACAAUCCUAUGUCGGAUUCUCACUUGGUGUGUUCACAGUUAGGAAAAGUAUGUACAGAGGCUGUGAAUAGCGUAUGCCAUAUUGAUACAGGUUUUCCAAGUGGAAUUUACUCAAAAACAAAUUCAAAUCGAAACUAUUUUCCCAGUCAAAAUCGUUCUAAAAGCUUCCAAACUGGAGCCAUUUCCAUUGAGAACACACAACCAAAGAUAACUGGUGUAAGUUUUGUAGCAUUCUCUGGUCAUGCCUCAUGUUGUAGUGCAGUAAUUAUUGAAGAUGGUGUAUACAUUGCUCUGACAAGAUCGAAGUUUUACCAGCUAGUUAGCAGUUUAAAAGCUGGUUCUGAUGUUUCAAUUCAAAUCCAACCUAAUAGUCGUAACCGGUCAGCAGUAGUUACACAAAUUCAUGAUGAUCGUGUAGAUGAUGUUGCUGAAAAUCAAGUGACUAAUGCUGACAAUGUCGCGUCUUCCAUUCACAUAAAAUGGUUUAAAGUCUUUGACGCAUUCUUAUCAAGUGCUUCAUUUAGCAGUACUGUUACCUCUCCUUGCUACGCCAGUUCUCUUGGUGUGUGGGAUUUAGAACCGAUUAACACCUUCUUAGUACCUGUUCAUUAUCAGUUAUCCCAUUGGCUACAUUUAAAUGCAGGCAUUAUUUCGAGUGGUACCAAUCAUUUUUCCUCUCGACCCACUGUUGGAUCAACUAAUGCUCCCCUUUUACGGCUGGCAUGGAUUCGAUUUCACAUAUUAAAUGUCCAGGAACUAGAAAUUAUUGGUACACAUUCUCCGAAACCAUUAACGUUUGGACAUUUAGCUAAUGAGGUAGCUGAAUGCGUAACUAGAGCUCUUCAGCCGUACCUUGUUCAUCUUCGAAGCAAUAGUCGUACACAGAUUACUUUACGCAUACAAUUGCAAUCACCAGAUCAAGUAGGGUAUCGCAUGGGUGCUUCGUGUCAAGAUGUGUAUACACUACACAAUCAAUUACAGUCAUCAGUUGAUUUGGAAACUUCUGAUCUUGAAAUGAAAAAGAAUGAUGAGGAAAUAUACGCUGAUGCUUUGGACGAUGUACUGCUACCUGUAUUAUCCUCAUGGAUUAACUGUUUGAGAUUUGUAAAUCAAAAAGAAAAAGAAGUUAAAUUAUCUUCUCCAACAACUCCUGUUGAUGAUGUUGGCGGUGGUGAUGGUAUUAAUGAGAAUGACAUAAUUCAAAUGGAGUUCGACUUUUGCAUUUUAGACUGAAGUUACAAUGAUCAUUCACUUUAGUAAACAUGCAUUUAAAUUUAGUACUUUUGCAUAAUCUGUUUCCAGACCUUUCUUUUUCUUAAUUACGUGGCAUUUGUGUAUGACUGUUUGUUAUUUCUUUCUAUCUCGAGAAGGAUUAAAGCGAAACGAGCGACAAAAAUCGAAUGUAUCUUUCUGCUAAUCGCAUUAUCAAGUAAAUAACACCGUAUCACUGUGUGUUAUAAAUCAAAUAAAACAAUCUAUUAUAGAAUUACAUUCUAUCUACCAGUUUCCAAGUUUAACGCUUACGCUGAUAAUCGCAGUUAAAUUGUCGUACACUUAUGAUGAUGUGUAUUACUGUUUCUCACUGUGAACAGUAUGUGCUUUUCCUUUUGUGCUAAGUAUGUGUACAUGAUCUCUGUAAUUUAGUUUGCUUUACCUUUGAUUUUGUCACCCUACUUCAUACGUUGGACAAUCUGAUGUUCUCUUUGUUUUGUACUUUUGACUUCAGCAUUAUUCACAGUUGUACUCCUUUAUGAAUAGACGUUUUCAGCGAACAGUUAAGCAGCUGGUGUUUUUAAGUAAAUUACUAAUGAAAAGUA